CCAGUUAGUCGUGGGCGGAAAUUAGUAGAAACCCGUCGAACUAGUCGCUCGUUUUGUAUGGGAUACUGCGUUGGGAUUGCUGCUUGACCGACGAACGCGCGCCAGUUCUCCUAGCGCCCAUCCAAACGUUACCCACUAAAGACCACACACGUCUCUCUAUUUUCCCGUUUAUUUUUUGAAUUAUUAAUCAGAUGGUCGGGAUAGUUUGAAUUCUUGUGUCGCAAGUGAUUUCUGUUAUUAAAUCCUUUGUGAAUUAUUAUUUUUUCUGUGAUUUUCUGUUGUGUCGGUUCAGUACCCCUGAGUACAACAGGCAGGAUAAGCAGCGGGAUUUUUUUUUCAGUUAGUUUUUUGUGAUUUAUUGAGGACAAUCAAUGCUAGACCCUUGGAUAGGCAUUGAGUCGUGCUAUUGGCUAUUGUGACCCUUAUUUUCGAAUUUGUGUAAAGGAAAUCAUUACGUCAUGGCAGGAAUACUUUUACCUAAGACAUCGUGAUGCCGAGCGAGGUAUAUUCCAGGCUGCUGACAGUGAGCCUGGUAUUGCUCAGUACUCUGGAAGCUAUCAAAUCAAGUGAAUUGCACUCAUCCCAACCAAAUGCUGAAUUAUGUCAGCAUGGUUUGGAAUUUUGGUCAACAGAAAAAUCUGCAUGCACUCCCUGCACGAAAUGCGCUCCCGAAUUCACCGUAAGCCCUUGUGCAGUUCACAAGGAUGCCAUUUGUGGGCCGCUAUCGGCACUAGAGUUGGACUGGUCGUUCUUGGGGAGCAGAAGAAAAGUCGAUGUUAACCAGCGGUUAGAUGUCACGGAGAAGAUGCUGUGGCGGGUUUCUGACGUCGAGGGACGACCGGAAACCCUGAGGGCGCGCGAGAGUCGACGAGAAAUUGAGGAGGAGCUGAGUGCCUCCGGUCUGGAUGAUGAGGAGGGCCUGAUCGAUCCUCAACAGUUGCAGAUAUCGCCGGAGGAGACAAAGGAGAGGCGAUCGAGUAAUGACUGCGAUCAAUUACCGUGGGACUGGCAGACUAGUGCUCUUGUGCUUGCUGUGUGUGCCUGCAUAGUAUUCUUCAUGGUUGCCGGAUGCUCGGCCCUUAUCUACGUCCGGCAAUGGCGACGGAUGAAGAGGAAUUUUGAGCCAGCUGGUCUUGAGGAGAUAUCAGCGAGGUUGAAUUUAAUGGUGAAGGCUGAGCUGGCUGAGCUCAGCGCAGGCGCCCCAAUGAGUCCAGGGGAUCCUGAAACAAGGUGCCAAUAUCUCGAAAAACUAUUAGACCGGAAGCGAGAAACUCCCGUGGUGGCUGGAUGGCCGGAAACAGGGGGAAACCUGUACAUCGAAGAGGGGGAAACGCCGAGGAGUAAGCGGGCACAAAUUGCUCGGAUUCAACGGAACAUCGAGAGCAUUCUCAGUCACAAAACUACUCGAGAAUGAGCUAUUUUUUCAGCGAAAAUAAAAUUUCUUUUGAUUUUUAUAUUAUUAUAAACACAAUGUAUGCCAGCCUCUGUAGAAAUCAUUCAACCCCAUGGUUAAUGAAUUACGCGGAGGAGAAUGAUUUGCCUUCCGCCUCCCGUUGCCUCGAGUGAACAAGCAUCGAGACACGUGGAGCAGUCAAAGGCGAUGCGCCACAAUUUUUUCAUGAUUAUUUAUUUUUUAUUAGAUUUUUAAUAACAAUUGUAAUAUAAAUCAAUGAAAUAUUGAAUUGACAAUAAAUUAAUACAGUCAAUAGAACUUUUAAUUCAUCAUUUCGACGGGUAAAUAUGGGAUGCUAAUUAUUGUGUAUUUAGUGAAAUUCAUUUCAGUGGCCGAACGGUAAAACAGUUUGAGAAUAUUCAAGUACUUUUGACAUAUUUUUUUCUUCGUACAGCACUUUUCUCUAUUUUUCUUUUGAACGUCAGGUGACAUUGCAUUGCUAAAGAUUUUAGAAUUAUUUUAUUUUUCUAAUAUUGUAAUAAGCCCGAAUUUGAAUCGUGGAAAAAUAUUAGAAAUCGUCCAAGUUAAAGACGAAUGCGACAAUUAUUAGGAGCUUCGCAGUCAUUCUGUAAUAACUUGCUAAGAGAAAUGAUGGGCAUUCUACAAAAAAAUUACGAACAAAUGACAGCAAUCAUAAUUAUAUACAUCAUUUUUAUGUAUUUAAUACCCAUUACACCGUAGUAACAUCAACAAUAUUUUUUGUUUCAAUUCUUAUACAAUUAAAUAGAAUUAAACUUUUCAAUAAUCGUAUGAUUAAGUGGGCGGGGUGUGCACCUAAGGCUUCUCCAUCAUUUAUUUGUGUCAGUAAUGAAUUAGAAUGGGAUAAUGAGUUCUCUUCUCAAAUCCAAAAAUUAGAGAGUACCUGAAUUUAAUUCAUAAAAUUUCGAUAUAUUUAUAUAUUCUCGAUUCAAACUUAUUAUUUCAUUCUAAUUGAUUACAGAUUCAAUUUUUACGAGGGUGCAUUCAUCAUAUUUUCGUAACCACCUUCCUUUAUUUUCUAUCAUUAAGACUAUCUUUUUUUCUUUGUAAACUUGAUCACAGUGUAAACGCGCUUGGUGGUCCACUUCAAAUAUUUUAUAUUCUCAAACUGAAAUUUUACACGUUUUUAUGCUUUUUUCGAAAAUAUUGAAUUCUAAUUUUUCAUAUCAGGCACUUGUCACUCAUUUUCAACAAUCCAAAAAUAUGAUGAACACGUGUGUUAUGUAAAGGUAUCUAAAAAGACUCGAGCAAGGUCACAUUAUGGAAAUAAUAUUUUUCUACAUGAAAUUUUCAUAAUUCUUGUAAAUAUCCAUACAAAUAAUUCUUACAGUUCCUCAUUCAAUGAUCUUUAUGCUUUCGAGUGCUGGAUAAGUGAGUUCUUAUGAUUCUGCUUUGAACAAAAAUGUAUGUAAAUCUAUAUAUUAUAUUAGUUCCACCAAAGUAUUGUUCUUCUCUCAAUUAACCUAAUCCUGUGUGAAUUUGUUUACGUUUUCUUGGAAUGCGAGACAAUAAAUUAGUCAUUAAUAAAUAAAACUGUAAUAUUAAAUAUUUUCCUCUCGAUAUACAGAAUAAUCAUUAAAUAACUACAACCAUUUA